AUGGUCGCCAUUGCAACUAGGUUCCCAUCAAUCACCGGAAUUAGUGUAUGGUUGUCACCUGGAAUUCAAGUUUCAGGAGCAACACGAUUCGUUUGGGUCCGAUAUGUCGGGUUUCUCGAGGACAGUGACUUGGGAAUACAGGGAAACUGCGACGGAGAUAGAUUUCGAGGCAAUAACGAUAGAACCGUAGAUCGCGGUGACGAUGAUGAUGAUGAUGAGAAAGAGAACGAUGAAGCAAGCAAUGAAAAUAGCAAGAGUUUUUGGGAGAGCCAGCACCAGGCUUUGCAGCAAACAUUGUUCAGGACCAACUCUGUAGAAUUGAGAAUUCGGAACGCCACGAAAGAAGCUUUGAAAGAUGUUCAGAGGGAAAGUACAGCUUGCGGUUGUGGGAAAUCAUCAAUGGUGGAGGAUUGUCGGAUUUGUCUCAUGAGAGAGGUUGCUAGUCGGCUCCAAAAUGCCGGUUUCAACAGCGCCAUUUGCAUGACUAAAUGGCGAAGCUAUCCGGAUAUCCUUCAUGUAUCUAUUUCUUUCUGGAACCAUAGGUUUUUGGAUGUGAUAGAGAAUUCGAGAAAAGAGGAAGUAAGGGUGAUCAAAGAGUUGAAUUUCAGGGCAGAGCUUGAGAUCGCGAGAGCAAGUGAAGAUUACAGUCGUUUAGUGCAACGAUUACAGGAAGUUUUCGUGGGUAAAGUAGAGAGAUUAAGCAAUGUAAUCAAAAUCUUGUUUUCGGCCGCCAAGAAAUGCAUGAAGGAAAAUAAAAUGCAUACGGGGCCUUGGAGGAAACAAGGAUACAUGCAAGCCAAGUGGCUAAAAUCGUGCGAAAGGAAUACAGCGACACAGUCCUUGCCAGUGGGAUGUUCCGGCAGCCAGUUAACAAAACCGAGGGCAUCGAUGUUGACAGAAGAUUUGCUCGAUGUGCAUUGUACAGCACUUGAGGUUGUGUAA